UGGAAGAGAGAGGAGACAGCAGAGGGAUAGCCCAGCUCCAGGGGGAGACAGGACUUGCCGAGCUUGGAGUUCCGUUCCCUAAGGGGAGAGGGCAGAGGGCCCUGAGGUGGGGGCGGGAAGGAGGAGGAGCAAUGAGGCCCGGGAGCUAGGGCCAGGCCUGCCAGGCCUGUGAGAGGUGAGGCCCCCCAGCCUGGGCGGGGGCCAUGGUGGUGGCAGCAGCCCCGUCAUGUCGGCUGAGGUCCGGCUGCAGCGGCUCCGGCGGCUCCAGGAGCUCGUGGUGGGUGGAGGCUGUGUGGGUCUGGAGCCUCUCUUGGACCUGCUGCUGUGCGUCUACCAGGAGCUCAGCGCCUCGGCCCUGGCCCAGGACAAAUAUGUGGUGGAGUUCCUGCAGUGGGCUUUCUCUCCCAGCGGAGCCCGUCGUUGCGAGACUGAAGGAGAUCCAGCUGCGCAGGGACGACUUUGAGAUUUUGAAGGUGAUCGGACGCGGGGCGUUCAGUGAGGUGGCCGUGGUGAAGAUGAGGCGCACGGGGCAGGUGUUUGCCAUGAAGAUCAUGAAUAAAUGGGACAUAUUGAAGCGAGGGGAGGUGUCGUGUUUCCGAGAGGAGCGGGAUGUGUUGGUGAACGGGGACCCCCGGUGGGUCACGCAGCUGCAUUUUGCUUUCCAGGACGAGAACUACUUGUAUCUGGUGAUGGAGUACUAUGUGGGCGGGGACCUGCUGACCCUUCUGAGCAAGUUUGGGGAGCGGAUCCCCGAAGAGAUGGCACGCUUCUACCUGGCUGAGAUGGUCCUAGCCAUCGACUCCGUGCACCGGCUCGGCUACGUGCACCGGGACAUUAAGCCAGACAACAUCCUGCUGGACCGCUGUGGCCACAUCCGCUUAGCUGACUUCGGUUCCUGCCUCAAGCUUCGUGAAGACGGAACGGUAUGCUCGUCGGUAGCCGUGGGUACUCCGGACUACCUGUCUCCGGAGAUUCUGCAAUCUGUGGGCGACGGAACAGGGACGUGCUCCUACGGGCCCGAGUGUGACUGGUGGGCCCUGGGUGUGUUUGCCUACGAGAUGUUCUUCGGCCAGACGCCUUUCUACGCCGAAUCCACGGCCGAGACCUACGGCAAGAUCGUCCACUACAAGGAGCACCUGGCCCUGCCUAUGUCCGACGCCGGGGUCCCUCAGGAAGCCCAAGAUCUGAUCCAACAGCUUCUAUGCCCGAGGGAGAUACGGCUGGGGCGGGCCGGGGCCGGGGACUUCCGAGACCAUCCGUUCUUCCAGGGACUCGACUGGGAGGGUCUUCGGGACAGUUCUCCCCCCUUCGUUCCUGACUUUUCCGGAGCCACGGACACCUGCAACUUCGACCUGGUGGAUGACGGGCUCACGGCCAUGGUGAGCGGGGGUGGGGAGACCCUUUCUGACCUGGAAGAAAGCCCCCCACUGGGGGUGCACUUACCCUUUGUGGGCUACUCCUUCUCCUAUGCUGCUCUCAGUGAAAGUCAGGCCCAUGAAGCCAGCCACCCUGCCCCAAUGGAGUUGGAAUCUGAGCCUACAGUCCCUACCCCUCCGGAGCUGCCCACCCUCAAGGAGCCUGUCCCCCAGACUCAGCCUGAGGAGGCCACAUCGUGCCUAGAGAAGGAGGAGGAAGAGGGAGUCACCUUGCAAGAGCUGCAGGCUGCUCUGGAGGAGGAGAUGCUGAACCAGCAGAGCCUUCGAAGAGAGCUGGAUGCCAUCCGCUUGGCCAACCAGAACUUUGCCAGCCAGCUCCAGGCCGCCGAGAGCCGGAAUGGGGAGCUAGAGGCUCAGAUCCAGCAGCUUCGAGAGAGGAUGGAGGAGUUGCAAGCAUCAGCCAACUCGGGGCUCCCCCUUCCCCAGGCCACGGAGCUGCCUCCCCAUCCAGAUGGCCCCCCGGCCGUGGCUCUGUGCCAGUGCCCCCUGGUGGUGCCCUGCCACCUGCUGCCCUGUGCCCGGGUCCUUAAGCCAGGCCUAUCGGAGGCGUGCCAGUUGCUCAUCGUCGCCGCUGCUCUGGCUCCUGCCACAACGCUGGGCAGCCCUGGGCUGUGGGCCUGUGCUGGCCCCGACGCUGGCCCUGGCCCCGGCUCCGGCUGGGGCCUCCCCUGGCCGACUCACCUCAGCCCCAGAACCGCCCCCGGCCCCUGAGCCCUAGAUUUGUCCCCGAUGAACCCAGGAGUCCCGGGAGGGGAAGCCGUGGUCCGAGCGCGCAGUCCCCCCCACGCCUUCCCCGGACAAAGCGCACGGCCCCAUCCCCGUGAUCCGGACCCGUCCUCCGGGGCUCCGGCGGCGUCAGGAGAGGGAAUCAAGGGGAGAGGGAGACCGCGGCCCCUCUGGGCUGCCCCCUCCCAGACCAAACACUGGCCCUCACUUCAGGGACCCCACGCACACACCACCACGCACCACGCGCGCCCGGGGCCUCCUCCGCCUCCCGCACCGCUCGUUUGCCCGGCUUGAUAUUUAUUGAAACCCACUCCCCAGCCGCCUCAGCCCUCUGCACCAGCCGGAUGCCGAGGUCCCCCGAGUGGCGGUAGCUGACCUGUCCCGUGCCCAACCCCUUUCCCUAUUUAAGCACUGAGCCCGAACCCCGGUAUUUAUUGUCGCCCAAUAAAAGCCUCUUGGUCU